UUUUUAGCAGCUAUAAAUCGAACAAAUUUCUGGGAAAUUGUAACAGUUUCUCAUCAAUUCUCAACGUAAGUGGAAAUCAGAACUAGCCAAUCUAAAAUGAAAAUAUUCUACGUUUGUAUCUGUUUUGCCUUCCUGGCUGUGACAUUUGUCCAAGCCAAUUUAAAUGAAGAAUUGGAAAAACAUGCCGAAAUCUGCACCGAACAAUCAAAGGUCACACCUGAAGAAUUAGAAAAAUUCUUCGCCAAUGGCAUGCAGGCGCAGGAUGCCACCGAUCCGGUUAAAUGUCAUUUCAAAUGCAUAAUGGAACAGAAUCAAUUUUUCGCUGAUGGCAAUUUAGAGAGUGAAGCUAUCUUGAAAUAUUUAGAGGCCAAGGAAUCGAUGAAGGAUCACUUGGAUGAUGUUGCCGCUGCCAUUGCUGCUUGUAAUAAUAUGAAAGUUGAACACGACUGUGAUGGAGCCUUUAAGUUAAUCGAAUGCUUUGGUUACACUGAUGCUGGUAAAAUGGCAUUUGUUGCCUAGAUAGGGGACAAGGACAAGAAGGGCGGCAAUGGAGAUAUACAAACCGGAAGAAUAAUAAUUGUUUUCACGACAAGAGAAGUAGCGUUUAAGGAAUAUAAUAUAUUUUUUAUCUAAUUAAUAUGUAUAAUCAAUCCAUAACAAUAAAGGUAUUAUCCUGUGCAUGAA